AUGCGUCUCCUUGACAUUACACGUUUCAAAACCUGGGACUACAUAGAUGGUCCCCGGGACAUGGACGAUAUGAUCAACACGGAUUUUGACGAUGAAUUCGAUCAACAAAUGCAAUGGGCCGUUCAUCGAGCCGCCGGUGGCUCUGAGGCGUGCAAUGUCGCGAUUCGGGUGCGGCUUGUUAGCUGUGCGCUUGACUCAACCCUUGGGCGCGCCAUCUUCGGUGCGAUCUCAGCGGGCAAGCCCGAAGGCUCUGCCUCAUUGGAGAGAUUUUGUGUAACAACAACCGCUGUGACAGAGUUCGGGGGAGUCGGAUUUCCGAUGGAACUGAUCCCGAUCCUGAAACACCUGAGUCAGCCUUUGCGGAUUACAAGGUGUGUUCGCAAUGAUUGUCGGAAUGAGCUGAUAUUGGGACAAGAGCCCAGUGAUGAUUUGCCAUUUGAGUUCCCUGAGUGGCUUGAAGUCAUCUGGCGUCGCGUUUGGCCUGAGAAGAUGGCAAAUGAAUGGUGGAAUGACUGGCAUAGUUUGCCUCUUGCACAGGUGGUUGCUUAA